UUCAGGCUGCUGUACUUCCUUGUUUAUCUUCCAGUCCGCUGCGAACAUAGCUGCGGAAAUAAUCUUUAUUGCUGUCAAUGGCGCGAUAAGCACAAGCGACGGCAGCGAUUUAAUACACACAGCUGUCAAUCAAGCCGUCAUAUCUGAAGCUGUCGUGUAGUGUGCUCGCUGUCUUCGCGGCUUUAGAGGAUUAAAGAGCGAUGAUGGCGUCCAGCUAUAACGCGAAGGAUGAGGACGGUCAUCAUCCGGGAUCGGUGGGCUCCGGCGGCCCCGGCGCCGUCAAGAGCAAGAAGCCCGACAACACGGCCUUUAAACAGCAGCGUUUGCCUGCCUGGCAGCCCAUCCUGACCGCGGGCACCGUCCUGCCCGCCUUCUUCAUGAUCGGACUCAUCUUCAUCCCCAUCGGCAUCGGACUCCUCGUCACCUCUAACAACAUCAAAGAGUUUGAGAUCGACUACACUGGUGUUGACAUGUUCAGCCCGUGUUUCAACUGCUCGCAGAGCUACAGCUGGAACAGCACGAGCGCGUGCACCUGCUCUGUGCCCUUCACCCUAGACCAGCCUUUUGAGAGUAAUGUUUUUAUGUACUAUGGACUCUCCAACUUCUAUCAAAACCAUAGACGUUAUGUCAAAUCAAGAGAUGACAGUCAGCUGAAUGGAGAUAAAAGCUCUUUACUGAACCCAAGUAAAGAGUGUGAACCCUAUCGAACGAGUGAUAAGAAGUCCAUUGCUCCCUGUGGGGCCAUUGCUAACAGUCUCUUCAAUGAUACUUUGGAGCUGUUUUAUAUCCAUCCAAACGGAAGCAGAAUAGCUAUUCAUCUGGUGAAGACGGGCAUUGCUUGGUGGACUGACAAGCAUGUGAAGUUCAGAAACCCAGGAGAAAACAACAACAACCUCUCCAUUGUGUUCCAAGAUACGAGUAAACCUGUAAACUGGCGCAAACCCGUUUACGAGCUGGACCCGUCUGAUCCUGACAACAACGGUUUCAUCAAUGAGGAUUUCAUCGUGUGGAUGAGAACCGCUGCCCUCCCCACCUUCAGAAAACUCUACCGCAUCAUUCAGAAGAAGAAGGACAACAUGACGCCCACAUUACCGCCAGGAAACUACAGCCUGGAAGUGAUCUACAAUUACCCAGUGCGCAGCUUUGAUGGCCGCAAGCGCAUGAUCCUCAGCACGAUUUCCUGGAUGGGAGGGAAGAACCCUUUCCUGGGCAUUGCCUACAUCACCGUGGGCUCCGUGUGUUUCUUCCUGGGAGUGGUGCUACUGAUCAUCCACCAUAAAUACGGCAACCGCAACAACAAUGCUGACAUUCCUAAUUAACUACGUAAUUAUCAGCACACCGCAGUCUGUGUAUCUCAUGCUGCUGUACACACACAGGUGCACGGAGGGACUACUUGCAAACUUAUUGUGUAUGCACUGGCAGUGUUUAAGCAUUUAUUUCAUCCGCACCAAAGCUUUUAAUUUUAUGAUCUUUCUACAUUAAGUAUUUUAGAGUAACUAGAUGAUCUGUAGUCAUAUAGUAUGACGAAUCCUACCACAAAAACAUGUCCAGGUCAUAUUUUACCCCAAAAUAAUAAUAAUAAUAAUGACGUUUUAUAUAUUGCGUAUGCAUAUUUAAGCUGAAUAAAUAAGCUUUCCAUCGAUGUAUGGUUUGUUAGGAGGACAAUAUUUGGUCGAGAUACAACUAUUUGAAAAUCUGGAAUCUGAGGGUGCAAAAAAAUCUAAAUAUUGAGAAAAUC